AUGGACGCCGAGACCCUCGGAAGGUGGGAGGUGGGGUUGUUGUCAUUCAAGGAUGUGGCCAUAGAAUUCUCUCCAGAGGAGUGGGCAUGCCUAAACUCCCCUCAGCGAACAUUGUACAGGACUGUGAUGUUAGAGAACCAUAGAAAUCUGGUUUUUCUAGGACUUGCUGUCUCUAAGCCAGACCUUAUUACAUGUCUGGAGCAAAGGAAAGAGCCCUGGGAUAUGAAGAGACAUGGCACAUUAGCCAAAAUUCCAGCUGUGACUUCUCAUUACACUGAAGGCCUUUUGCCAGAGAAGAGGAUAGAUGACUCCCUUGCAAAGGUGCCAAAGGGAAAAUAUGUGAUCCAUACUGGAGAGAAACCCUAUAAAUGUGAAGAAAGUGGCAAAACCUUCAACUCUCAUUUACAUCUUACUCGACAUACAGUGAUCCAUACUGCAGUGAAACGGUACAAAUGUGAAGAAUGUGGCAAAGCCUUUCACAUUCGUUCACGCCUUACUCGACAUGUGAUGAUCCAUACUGGAGAGAAACCCUACAAGUGUGAAGAAUGUGGCAAAGCCUUUUACUCUCAUUCAAAUCUUACUCGACAUUCAAUAAUCCAUACUGGAGAGAAACCCUACAAAUGUGAAGAAUGUGGCAAAGCCUUUCACAUUCCUUCACUCCUUACUCAACAUACAAUGACACAUACUGGAGAGAAACCCUACAAAUGUGAAGAAUGUGGCAAAGCCUUUCACUCUCGUUCAUAUCUUACUGAACAUACAAUGGUCCAUACUGGAGAGAAACCCUAUAAAUGUGAAGAAUGUGACAAAGCGUUUCACUCUCGCUCACUCCUUACUCGACAUACGAUGAUCCAUACUGGAAAGAAACCCUACAAGUGUGAAGAAUGUGGCAAAGCCUUUUACUCUCAUUCAAAUCUUAGUCGACAUUCAAUAAUCCAUACUGGAGAGAAACCCUACAAAUGUGAAGAAUGUGGCAAAGACUUUCACAUUCGUUCAAACCUUACUCGACAUACGAUGAUCCAUACUGGAGAGAAACCCUACAGAUGUGAAGAAUGUGGCAAAACCUUUAACACACGUUCACUUCUUAGUCGACAUGUGAUGAUCCAUGCUGGAAAGAAACCCUACAAAUGUGAAGAAUGUGGCAAAGCCUUUCACUUUCGUUCCUGUCUCACUGAACAUACAAUGAUCCAUACUGGAGAGAAACCCUACCAAUGUGAAGAAUGUGGCAAAGCCUUUCACAUUCGUUCAAGCCUUACUCGACAUAUGAUGAUCCAUACUGGAGACAAACCCUACAAAUGUGAAGAAUGUGACAAAGCCUUUCAUACUCGUUCAAUUCUUAAUCAACAUAGAGUGAUCCAUACUGGAGUGAAACGCUACAAAUGUGAAGAUUGUGGCAAAGCCUAUCACACUCAUUCACACCUUACUCAACAUAAGGUGAUCCAUACUGGAGAGAAACCCUACAAAUGUGAAGAAUGUGGCAAAACCUUUCAGGGUCAUUUAAACCUUACUCGACAUAAGGUGAUCCAUACUAGAGAGAAGCCAUAUAAAUGUAAAGAAUGUGACAAAGCCUUUCACAUUCGUGCACGCCUUACUCGACAUACGAUGAUCCAUACUGGAGAGAAACCGUACAAAUGUGCAGAAUGUGGCAAAGCCUUCAACUCUCGUUCACAUCUUACUCGACAUACAGUGAUCCAUACUGGAGUGAAACGCUACAAAUGUGAAGAAUGUGGCAAAGCCUUUCACUCUCGUUCAAAUCUUACUCAACAUACAAUGAUCCAUUCUGGAGAGAAACCCUACAAAUGUGAAGAAUGCGGCAAAGCCUUUCACUCUCGUUCAUAUCUUCCUCAACAUAUGAUGAUCCAUACUGGAGAUAAACCCUACAAAUGUGAAGAAUGUGGCAAAGGCUUUUACUUUCGUUCUUAUCUUACUCAACAUACAAUGACCCAUACUGGAGAGAAACCCUACAAAUGUGAAGAAUGUGGCAAAACUUUUCACAUACGUUCACUCCUUACUCGACAUACAAUGAUUCAUACUAGAGAGAAACCCUACAAAUGUGAAGAAUGUGGCAAAGCCUUUCACACUCAUUCACUCCUUACUCGACAUACAAUGAUCCAUACUGGAGAGAAACCCUAA